GUCCUACCCUGUGCCCUGACCCCCAGGUCCUACCCCAUCCCCAGGUCCUACCCCAUCCCCCAGGUCCUACCCCGUCCCCUGACCCCCAUCCCCCAGUCCCUACCCUGUCCCCUGACCAUAUCCCCAACUCCUACCAGGUCCCCUGCCCCCCAUCCCCACCUCCUACCCCAGGUCCUACCCUGUGCCCUGACCCCCAUCCCCCAGUCCCUACCCUGUCCCCUGACUAUAUCCCCAACUCCUACCAGGUCCCCUGCCCCCCAUCCCCACCUCCUACCCCAGGUCCUACCCUGUGCCCUGACCCCCAGGUCCUACCCUGUGCCCUGACCCCCAGGUCCUACCCCAUCCCCAGGUCCUACCCCAUCCCCAGGUCCUACCCCAUCCCCCAGGUCCUACCCCAUCCCCAGGUCCUACCCCAUCCCCCAGGUCCUACCCCAUCCCCCAGGUCCUACCCCAUCCCCCAGGUCCUACCCCAUCCCCCAGGUCCUACCCCAUCCCCCAGGUCCUACCCCAUCCCCAGGUCCUACCCCAUCCCCAGGUCCUACCCCAUCCCCCAGGUCCUACCCCAUCCCCAGGUCCUACCCCAUCCCCACGGUCCUACCCCCUCCCCCAGGUCCUACCCCGUCCCCAGGUCCUACCCCAUCCCCAGGUCCUACCCCGUCCCCAGGUCCUACCCCAUCCCCAGGUCCUACCCCAUCCCCAGGUCCUACCCCAUCCCCCAGCGUCUACCCCGUCCCCUGACCCCCGUCCCCCAGGUCCUACCCCAUCCCCCAGCGUCUACCCCGUCCCCUGACCCCAUCCGCCAGCGUCUACCCCGUCCCCUGACCCCAUCCCCCAGGUCCUACCCCAUCCCCCAGCGUCUACCCCGUCCCCUGACCCCCAUCCCCCAGGUCCUACCCCAUCCCCCAGGUCCUACCCCAUCCCCCAGGUCCUACCCCAUCCCCAGGUCCUACCCCAUCCCCAAGUACUACCCCAUCCCCAGGUCCUACCCCAUCCCCCAGGUCCUACCCCCAUCCCCCAGCGUCUACCCCAUCCCCCAGGUCCUACCCCAUCCCCCAGCAUCUACCCCAUCCCCUGACCCCAAGUCCUACCACAUCCCCCAGCGUCUACCCCAUCCCCCAGGUCCUACCCCAUCCCCCAGGUCCUACCCCAUCCCCCAGCGUCUACCCCAUCCCAAGACCCCAUCCCCUGACCCCCAGGUCCUACCCCCAUCCCCCAGGUCCUACCCCCAUCCCCCAGGUCCUACCCGCAACCCCCACAUCCCCCAGGUCCUACCCCCAUCCCCCAGGUCCUACCCCAUCCCCCAGCGUCUACCCCGUCCCCUGACCCCCGUCCCCCAGGUCCUACCCCAUCCCCCAGCGUCUACCCCGUCCCCUGACCCCAUCCCCCAGCGUCUACCCCGUCCCCUGACCCCCAUCCCCAGGUCCUACCCCAUCCCCCAGCGUCUACUCCCAUCCCCUGACCCCAUCCCCCAGCGUCUACCCCGUCCCCUGACCCCCAUCCCCAGGUCCUACCCCAUCCCCUGA